GCCCACUUUCGCAUCCAGUCUGAGCAGAAAUUCAAGAUGGAAUUAAUAGAUAUGGGCCUUGGCCUCGAGGGCACCCACGUCCUGGUCACAGGUGCUGCUGGUUUUAUUGGCAGCGCCUGCGUCACGGCCUUUCUCUCCGCCGGCGCCUAUGUGACCGCCGUGGACAUCAAUUCUACCAAGCUGGAAAGCCUUGGCCAACACGCCCAUCUUUUCAAGGUGGUCGCUGACAUUACAUCUGAAGAAGAACUUGAAGCAGCAUUUGAGUCCGCACGUGCGAAGUUCGGUGUUGUGGCCUGCUGCAUCGCCCUGGCUUCGUUGGACUUGAGCGUUCUGAAGCACCCAGACAGCGUUCUAGACCUGGAAGUUUCCCAGUUCAAACGCACCUUGGAAGUCAACGUCGUGGGUACUUUCCUGACGGCACGUACAUGGCUACGUGAUUUAACUCAGCAUGGGAAUCCGAACAUCACGCGGAAUGCAUCGGUGAUUAUUGUCGGCUCUGAGUCUGGUCACUUCGGCGAGGCCUCGAACCCAGAUUACUCGUCUGGAAAAUCCGCGGUACAGUAUGGUCUGGUGCAGAGUCUGAAAGCAAGUGUGCCGAAACUCUUCCCAGGUGCGAGAGUCAAUGCGAUUGCGCCUGGUCCGGUCGACACGCCUCAAUUCAGGAAGGAGUGUGCGCAGAAUCCGCUUCAAUUAUACCUAGAUUCGCAAGCUACGAGCGCCUCUGGGAAACCAGUCUCGCCAGAAUCUGUGGCGAAAGGGAUUGUGUUUUUGGCUAGUGAGGCUUGGAGCGGGAGUGUAAUGGGUCAGAUACUCAAUGUCGACGGUGGGAAGUUCGGGAAGCUGAUGUGGGAAAGAGGGCAAUUGUGAUUGCGAGCUGGUCAUAUGUAGUUGCAACUUUGAGUCAGUUUCUGUCGUUGCCACUGCUUGCAAACCUUCCACUCUUUGGAUAUCCUUGGCAAGCAUUGGACGCCAUAGGUAUGCUCCCAGGAGUCCCUGAUGGGGCAUUGGGGGAUACUUGUGAAGGCCGGUUUAGGUAGCAAUGAUCGCACCGCGAAAUACAUGUCGGGCCCAGAAUAUUGUUUGAGCGUGUAGUUUCAUCAUUAUCUUGUUUCUAGAACCAACGAGUCCUUGUUUUUUGGAGGGGGCCAAUACCCUAAAUAUCCUCCGCAGAGGUACAAGAGAUACUCCUU